UUCAAGUUCAACUUUCUUCUGGCAUUAAAGAAAUCUUUUCUUCUGAAUUUUAUAGGGCAAUGUCGCAAAUCUCGGUAAAGCUCUUAUUGGCUCCCUUCAAGCUCCCCUUCGCAAUGCACUAACCACUGUUACUAAUGCCGUUGACGCAGUUCUUGACUGGGUCAGUGAUAAAAUCAUGUCUACCAUUGACAAAUUAACCGAAACUGCUGCUCAACUUGUUAUCACUUUGUUACACGCUGUUGCAAGAAUCGGAUAUGAAGUCGGCAACCUUGUGGAUGGUCUUGUCAGUCAAGUAUCCGCAAUAUUAAUGGCAGUCCAAAAUAUACUUCAAGUACCAUUAAAUCUAGUUUCUUCAACAUUGAACACCGUCAUUGGAUCAGUUCUUGGAUGUUUAACCUGUAAUGGAAAUGGUGGCGGUCUUCUCGGUCUCAAUCUCGGCAAACGUCGACGAAGUGUUAUCAAACCUCUUGCCUUCUAA